AUGCGUUGUUCACCAUUCAUCCUUUCUGCUGUUCUGAUUGCAUCGGCGUCUGCCAUCCAACAUAUUGACAAUUCUAUGCUACAGGAUGUCUCUGGGCAGUACAACCAUCCAAGAUGGGUGGGGCGUACCGAGGAAAUUAACGACUUUCCUACGAACGUACUCCUUAAACCCAUGAAUACAAGAGAUAUGUCCUACCUGAGAAACAUGAACAAAGAACCCGUGAAUCCUUCCAGGAGCUAUAAAAUUGGAAACCUAAUGGCGAAUGAAGCACGAUCAUUCUAUGCGCGAUCACCCGAACCUUUUGUCAUCCCUCCAGGAGAGCGAGAAAAUUGGUGA